AUGUUGCGGAGCAAGCCUUCCUCGUCAAUGCAAAAGACUUACGAUGAGGCCUAUCUCCAGUGUUCGACGGCGGUGUUUUUUGAAGGCCAGGGCAACGAGACCGAGGCUCUCCGCUCAUGGAAGGCAGCGCUCGACCAAAUCAUUCAAUACAAGGCCUACAAACUCUCGUCCAAUUACUCGCCCAAGUCAGAAACCGAGCGGGCUCUGUACGACUCCUUGAGAGAAUUGGAGAUACAAUGCAAGGAACGAGUCGAUCUCCUCGAGGCUCUAAAGAGGAGUCGCGAAGAGCUGGGAAUUCAAGCCCGUAAGGAAGACAAGGCAGAACAAAAGAAUGGAGGUGGGAGCGGCAACGGCAGUGGAAAUACGAGCGGUAGUGGCAGCAGUGGAAGGAAACGUCUCGGCAAGAACAGAGGGAAUCCCUCGAUUACGACGCCUCCAACGUCUGAGCAGCCUGGCUCGUGGCUUGGAGGAGAGACGAUACCGCCAAUGCAAAUGUCCGAGCUGCCCAAUGCCACUCCUGCGUUACCUCCACGGCCGCCACUGGGCGUCACCAGGAGCAGCGAGACCGUGGCAUAUGAUAACACCUCUCCGAUAUCACGGAUUCGGUCGUCACCUUUGGGUGCUCCGCCCACCUUGCCCGUCCCAAGCAUGAAAGCUUCCCGGAGUCCCAGCCCCGAUCAUGGCAGGAAAACGAUGCGGACGACACUACGCCCGGAGAGGAGGGGAUUCAUGAAGUAUCGAUCGACUUCGAACCGUGAUAGAAGAAGCGACACUAUGAAAGCAGCUGGUCUGGCAUGGGAGUCCCAACCACGGAAGAACUCUCAACCCAACCAGAGACCAGAUUCCGACCCCACGAUCGAAGCGAGGCUGAGCGCUACAGCUGCAAGGCGGAGUAUCGACCAAGAUGCGACAGCCCGAUACGAAGAGCAGCGGAAGUCAAAUGCAUCAUCUCUCUUAAGUGUGCCCGAUUACGUUUCACAGCAUAACACGCGUGACAUUCCAGGUUCUGCCUCUGCACCACCUCCAUCCUCAAUAAACAAAUCCAUGGAAAGUCUAAAACUGGCUCAGGAUUCUGCACCUAACCUUAUAGACCUUGACUCGGAACCUGAGAAGUCGCCGCCACCUCCGCCUCAGUAUACGCCACCUGUUGGCCAGCCUGGUGGCGUAGCAAGAACCAUAUCUCCAGUCUAUUUACCGAAAGCGCCAGAGAUUACCUAUCGAAGAGAGUACCCUCCCCGGACACAUAACGUUCCCCAACCUCUCGCGAGAAAUAUUCUAGAGAAAGCUUACCCAAAAGUUGGAUCCGGUGGUGGCGCACAGGGGAUAUCCCGGAAACCGGUGGGCACAGCGGAUACGGCGCUUGAGACAAGAGGACGCUCUCCUCAAAAACGGGAUGGACGUUCCGACAGCGAAGACGAGACACCUAAACGCAACCUAGACAGGCCAAGACGAGGUCGUGGCAAUAGGACCGCGAGCGCGAAUACAAUCACUCCACCCUCUACGGAUGGUGAGUCGCCGGAAGAGGAUGGCUUGUCAGCGGAAGAGAAGAGGAUGGAAAAUAUUCUGAAGAAUCUACCAAAAGGAGUGGAUGAAAAUGCCGCCAAGCAGAUUCUAAAUGAAAUUGUUGUCAAAGGGGAUGAAGUUCGCUGGGACGACGUUGCUGGUCUUUUGGCUGCCAAAAAGGCUUUGAAAGAAGCAGUGGUAUACCCUUUUCUUAGACCGGAUCUUUUCAUGGGGCUGCGGGAGCCGGCUCGAGGAAUGCUUCUGUUUGGGCCGCCAGGGACGGGCAAGACCAUGCUUGCAAGGGCUGUCGCCACGGAAAGCAAAAGCACCUUUUUUGCCAUCAGCGCCAGCAGUCUGACGAGCAAAUGGCAUGGCGAAUCAGAGAAGCUCGUCCGAGCCUUGUUUGCGUUGGCGAAGGCUCUGGCUCCGAGCAUCAUUUUCGUCGACGAGAUCGAUUCCCUCCUUAGUACCAGGAGCGGGUCCAGCGAGCACGAAGCCUCGAGGCGAAGCAAGACCGAGUUUCUCAUCCAGUGGUCCGACCUUCAAAGAGCAGCAGCGGGCAAAGAUACUACUGUGGGGGAUGCUAGUCGAGUACUAGUGCUUGCAGCGACGAACUGCCCAUGGGAUAUUGACGAUGCGGCAAGGCGAAGAUUUGUGAGAAGACAGUACAUCCCCUUGCCCGAGGCAGAAACUCGAGAGACACAGAUUCGGACCUUGCUCGGGCACCAAAAGCAUGAUUUAAGCCCGGAGGACAUCGCUCGCUUGGUGGAAUUGACGGAAGGCUACUCUGGAUCCGACAUUACAGCGCUUGCGAAGGACGCGGCAAUGGGUCCCUUGAGACAUCUCGGCGAGGCUCUGCUGUACACCCCUAAAGAACAGAUUCGACCAAUUCAGAUGACGGAUUUUGAAGCUAGUCUGGACAGCAUUCGACCAAGUGUGAGCAAGAAGGGGCUGGAGGAAUUUGAGAAGUGGGCCAGAGAUUAUGGUGAAAGGGGGGGUUGA